ACUCUUUCUCUUUCCCUUCUUCUUCUCUUCUCUCUCUGAAAUCCCUAAUUUCAACACAACAGUGCUCUCUCUCUCUCCUCUCUCUCUCUUCAUCAUCAUCAAAUCUCUUCUCGUUUCUUCGCUUUUUUCACCUGGAAUUUGUUUCAUUCCUAUCUCCCCUUCCAACAUCAUCUUCUUCUCUCCGAAUUUCUCGUUUUUUUCUGCUAAUUUUUGUUUUUCUUACACCGAUUACUUCUUCCCUUGUUGUCGGUAAUCCACUACUCACCAUCAAAACUCACCCCUCUUCAGAUUUCGGAGCUGCGUCUGCUGCAACCCAAUUGCUUGAUUGGUUUUGGGUUUGUGGAUUAGAGGAUCAUGCUUUGGCUGCUUGUUUGCAAUUUGACAUAAGAAAAAAAAAGGAGGAUUUGGUUAAUUUGUUGUGGUAUUAUUAGGAAGAAGAAGGAUGAAGAGAGGGAAAGAUGAUGAGAAGGUUAUGGGGCCAUUGUUCCCUAGACUCCAUGUUAGUGAUACAGAGAAGGGAGGGCCAAGAGCACCACCAAGGAACAAGAUGGCCCUCUAUGAGCAGUUUAGUAUUCCCUCUCAAAGGUUCAACCAAGGCCUUCUGCCUCCCACCAACACAAACACUUCUAGUAAUACAGCUCCCCCAGCAUCCUCAAGCCAGGGGGCUGUACAUGAGAGAAAUUAUGUCUUCCCUGUUCAAUCGCCUUCACAGACCCCUAUUCGUCGCGCUGAAAAACCUGUUUCUCACCAAUCCGAAGGGGCAAAUCUGAAUUCUUCAUUGGUUCAACUUGAGCAGAGGAAGAAGGUGGACGAAGAUGACUUUACAGUUCCGAUAUACAUUCGUUCAAGGACUGGUCAAUCUAGUGAUCGAAGUCUUGAUGGGAAAAGGCUCAGGUAUUUUGGUUGUUCAGUAGCAGAGCAAAAUGAUUGUGAAAGGGAUCUGAAACAGUAUGCUCCCUCACUUGUCAAUAAGAGAAGAGAUGUAAGAAGCGAAACUGAUGGUCUUCCACCAGUAAGUCCAAAUAAGGAGCAGCCGUUAAUACGUGCCAGAAACACAUCAACUGGAGAAAAUAUUGACACCUUCAAAAGGCAAGCCAAGGUGACUCCAAAUCAAGAGUUUCAAGAUUGUACUCUGUCAAAACCUACCAGAUUACAACGAGAUGAUGCUUGCUUACGGCGGGACUGUGAAGCUGUGUCGCAAUCCAAUGGCAUUGGACAAAGUGGUGGUCUUGUCGAGUCUACUCCAGAGACAGACAAGAGAAAUGCGCCUACAGAAAGCCAAACCAGUCCAGGUGAGGCUAUCAAUGACACUGAAUAUCAGAAUACUAGGCCUGGCUGUCCAAUACGGAGAGGAAGUUUGAACAAAAGUGGCAAUGUUUCCAAGAUCUCGAGGGUAGAAAAUUUGUCAACCCUAAAAGUUUCUCCUGAUGAUGUUGUUGGACUAAUCGGUCAAAAACAUUUCUGGAAAGCCCGAAGAGCAAUUGUCAAUCAACAGAGAGUGUUUGCAGUCCAAGUGUUUGAAUUGCAUAGACUGAUAAAGGUCCAACAGCUGAUUGCUGGAUCACCAGAUCUUAUGCUUGUAGAUGGUGCUUUUCUCAGAAAGUCUCCUCCAAAGGGAUCUACUCCCAAGAAACUCUCAUUGGAAUAUGUGGUUAAACCUCUGCAAGAAAACCUUAAGCGCAAUGAUUCUGAAAAGCAAAAUCAUAAAAUGGAAUGUUCUGCAGAAAAUGCAGUUGGUAAAACAUCUAUUUCAUCGGUGAAAAAUGGUAGCCACCUUUCACACCACACCCCUUUUCCCGGGAAUCCACCCCAGCCUAAUGUGCCUGCCGACAGUGGGAUGAGUCCUUGGGGUUUCCAUCAGUCACCUGGGCACCAAUGGUUAAUUCCUGUGAUGUCUCCUUCCGAAGGGCUCAUCUACAAGCCAUAUCCUGGGCCUGGAUAUACAGGAACAAAUGGUGGAGGAUGUGGGCCUUUUGGGCCUGCUCCUUUGGGUGGUACUUUCAUGAAUGCUGCCUAUGGAAUCCCAAAUUCUUACCAAGGGAUCGGGGUUCCACCAGACGCUCCUCCGGGCAGCCAUGCUUAUUUCCCUCCCUAUGGCAUGCCGACUAUGAAUGCAGCAAUGUCAGAGUCAGCUGUUGAUCAGGUGAACCAGUUUUCUGCCCUAGAAUCUCGGGGGCAAAGUGGCCAUAUUUCUGGCAGGGAAGCUGAUCAUAACACACACAAUCAGAGUUCAUGUGAUGUACCAGUGCAGGGAAAUGGAGCAACAUCACAUGUCAUGUAUCAGCAGACGUACAAGGAGUUUGAGUUACAGGGGAGUAGGACAAGUAGCCCUAGUGAAAUGGGGCAAGUUGCUGAAGGAAGAGAUGCGCUUCCUCUUUUCCCUACAGUUCCAGUAGAACCAGAGGGAGCCCCUCAGUCUCUUGAAACUGGACAACAAAUUCGAGUUAUCAAAGUGGUGCCUCACAACCGAAGAUCUGCAACUGCAUCAGCAGCUAGAAUAUUUCAAUCGAUCCAAGAAGAGAGAAAACAGUAUGACUAAGUCUAGUGUUAUUGAGUUGGAUCCAUUCAAGUAGCUAAAGUGUAUGGUCCUGUACUUUCUGGGGGCAUGUAAUCAUGUAACAGACUAUUGUAUGUUGUAUUUCUGUUUUGGUUUUGACCAUUUUACAGCACAUUGGUAUGAAGAUUUAUCUGGCAUAUCUAAUGUAAUAUUAUUAUAUGUUGUCCCCCAUAA